GUGCCUACUUCAUCUAUUGUAUUUAAUUGAGAAAUAUAAAUUAAUAUUCAGAGUAAUUUAAAGACUUGAGUGAUAUCAUGUCGGAACCACCCGAUAAAGGUGGCGGUUUCCCCGGUUUCGAAUCGACUGUUAAUGAUUCAUCAACGGUUGCUUUGGAGAGGGUUAAGAUUCUGCAAGAUAUUAUGAUCAUGGAUUCAUCCUUGAGGUCCGAAUAUUUAGAAGCGACCACAAAUUUGAAAACCGAUAUUGGAGGUCCUAACAUCACACAUACUGGAAAAAAUGAAAGUCCUACAUUUCGAGAAACACACAAAGAACGUCCAAAAUUCAGGUUUGAAUCUACAGAUUCAGGUCCAUUUAUCGUUUAUACCGAAAGUACCGACAAGAAUAUUGGUAACUUGCAUCCAAUGUCAUUAGGAAAGAUGAUCCACAGACAAAGUUAUGAAUUUUCACAAAACAUCGUUUACAUUGAAAGAUCCGGAAAAAAUCGAGUGAAAAUUGAAUUCGAUACAUUUAUCAGCGCAAACAGAUUUUUAGACUCGUCAUUUCUUGCUGAUAAUAAACUGGAAGCAUAUGUGCCGGCGUAUUUGAUAAGAAGACAGGGAAUUAUUCAUUCUAUCGAUUUGGAUAUAACAGAAUCUGAAUUGAAAUCGGAAAUAAGAUAUUUGAUUGGAGAUAAUUUUCAUAAACUUAUCGAAGUGAAGAGAAUGACAAAAAAAAUUUUACGGGAGGAUAAAUCAUUUGAUUUCACACCUACAACUGAUGUAAUAUUAACAUUCAGGGGUAAAGCCCUCCCUGAAAAAGUAAUAUUAUUUGGGUGCAUUAGAGACGUUUCCCCAUUUAAACAAAGAGUAAUACAAUGUCACCGCUGUUUCAGAUAUGGUCAUACAGACAAAAUGUGUAGAAGUGAAAUAAGAUGCGGUAGAUGCGGAAAUACACACGCAACAGCGGAAUGCGAGUCACCAAUCCUCCAUUGUUUACAUUGUGAUGGUACUCAUGCAUCGAAUGACCGAACCUGUCCUAUGUUUCAAAAACAAAAAGUAAUUAAAAACAUUAUGGCUGAAAGAAAUAUAUCUUUUAAAGAAGCAAUAAAAACUAUAGACCACAGUUUUUCUGGAAUUCUGUCACAUGUAUCGGAAGAAAAAACGGUAAAAUCCCCUAAUAAAAAUACUCAAAACCUUUCUCGAACCUCAAAAAACUUUCCAACAUUAUACUCGAAAAAAAGGAAAUUACAUCAUAACGAGUCGGAAAAACUGAAUGAAAUUCGAAGAAAGCAUGCUCAAAUAAUCUCUAAUGAACCAAGCACAUCAGGAAAUGGAGUGUGUCUAAACCAACACUCAUCUAAUGCCCAUCUCUCAUCUCGUCCUGACAAAAAUAUUUCUGAUCUUUCAAAAAAUAUUAUAAAUAUGUUUGUUGCCUUCCUACAAGAAAUCAGUGGUUCAAAUCCUAUCAAUCUUGAUGAAUCUCAUCAAAAAACUUUACAGUCUAAAUUAAGAUCAAUAAUCACAUCUGAUGAAAAUGAAGAUUAUACAAUGGAAUGCUAG